AUGGAAGAUCCUCCAGCACCAGUUCCAUCAGCUUCAGGCGCAGCUAAGUUGGAGACACCGAUAUAUGAGAAGAGUGAGGAAGCGGACUCAGUGCAUGAGUCAGCCCAGGAGCGGGAGGAGCUGCACAGGGCUCCAUUCGGCUUCAAAGAACACAAGCUGCAUCCUCUUACUCCAGAUGACAACAUCAAACACUUCCUCACAACUUUUGAGAGGAUAGCUAAGGGAGCGCGUGUGUGGGUCAACCAUAAAGAGCAACUGGUUCCCUCAACUGUCAACUCCUGCAGCGAUGGAACGCUGGUCCUCACAACUGACUAUGGGGAGGUGAUUUACCUGCAGCAGGCGGAGGUGAACAGGGAGAAGGUGUGCGCCAUGCACCAGAGCAGUAUUGAUGGAGUGGAGGACAUGUCCACGCUGGCCGAGCUCCAUGAGGCAGCCAUCAUGCACAACCUGUUCCAGCGCUACCAAAAGGACAACAUCUAUACUAAUAUCGGCUCUAUCCUGGCUGCAGUGAAUCCCUAUAAGCAGAUUCCGGGCCUGUAUGAUCCGAGUGCAGUGGAGCUGUACAGUCAGCAUCACCUGGGAGAGCUCCCCCCUCACAUUUUCGCCAUAGCCAACGAGUGUUACCGCUGCCUUUGGAAAAGACACGACAGCCAGUGUGUCCUCAUCAGUGGAGAGAGUGGAGCUGGUAAAACAGAGAGCACUAAACUGUUGCUGCAGUUUCUGUCCGUCAUGAGUCAGAACUCUGCUGGGACUCCGCCCUCGGAAAAAACCACAAGAGUGGAGCAAGCCAUCGUACAGAGCAGUCCUAUCAUGGAGGCAUUUGGGAACGCCAAAACUGUUUACAACAACAACUCCAGCCGCUUUGGGAAGUUUAUCCAGCUUCAUUUUUCUCAGAGCGGGAACAUUCAGGGAGGCUGCAUCGUCGACUAUUUACUUGAAAAGAACCGAGUGGUAAGGCAGAACCCAGGAGAACGCAACUAUCACAUUUUUUAUGCUCUGCUAGCAGGAGCCGGGAAAGCGCACAAGGAGUCAUAUUUCCUGGCUGACCCUCCUGAGUCCUUUCAUUACCUGAGUCAGUCGGGUUGUGUCAAGGACAAGAGUCUGGACGACAAGCAGCUGUUUGACAGUGUUAUGGAGGCCCUGGAGGUGAUGGAGUUUACAGAGGAAGAGAUCAGAGACAUGUUUAAGUUGCUGUCUGGAGUUCUUCAGCUGGGAAACAUUGAGUUCAUGACGGCUGGGGGAGCUCAAAUCACCACUAAACAGGUGGUCAGUAAUGUCAGUGAUUUGCUGGGACUCGACUCCUUCCAGCUGUCGGAGGUCCUCACUCAACGCUCCAUGAUCCUGAGAGGGGAGGAGAUCUGCUCCCCACUCACUGUGGAACAGGCGAUAGAUUCGCGUGACUCGGUUGCCAUGGCGCUGUACUCUCAGUGUUUCUCGUGGAUCAUCAUGAGGAUCAAUCAGAAGAUCAAAGGCAAAGACAACUUCAAAUCCAUCGGCAUCCUGGACAUCUUCGGCUUUGAGAACUUUGAGGUGAACAGGUUUGAGCAAUUUAACAUCAACUACGCCAAUGAAAAACUACAGGAGUACUUCAAUAAACACAUCUUCUCUCUCGAGCAACUGGAGUACAACAGGGAAGGCAUCCAGUGGGAGGCCAUAGACUGGAUGGACAAUGCAGAGUGCUUAGAUCUGAUUGAGAAGAAACUAGGCAUGCUGGCUCUGAUUAAUGAGGAGAGCCGCUUUCCUAAAGGAACAGACUUCACCCUGCUAGAGAAACUACACAGCCGUCACUCUACUAACCCUUACUACGUCAAACCAAGACUGGCUGACCACCAAUUUGGCAUCAAGCAUUAUGCUGGAGAGGUCCUGUAUGAUGUCAGAGGCAUUUUAGAGAAAAACAGAGACACUUUCAGAGAUGAUAUCCUCAACAUGCUCAAGGACAGCAGACUGGACUUUAUAUAUGACCUGUUUGAGCAAGUAGGCAGCAGGAACAAUGAGGAGACUCUGAAAAUGGGCACAGCCAGACGCAAGCCUACCGUCAGCUCCCAGUUCAGGGACUCCCUCCACGCCCUAAUGGCCACUCUGAGCGUUUCCAACCCUUUCUUCGUGCGCUGCAUUAAACCCAAUAUGGAGAAGACCCCUAACGUGUUUGACCCGGAGGUGGUGCUGAAUCAGCUGAGGUACUCUGGGAUGCUGGAGACGGUCAAAAUCCGCAGGGCGGGAUUUCCCGUCAGACGCACCUUUAAGGACUUCUUUAGCAGGUAUAAGAUCAUUAUGAAAGAGAAGCCGUCCACAGCUGCUGGAGAUGAGAAGAAGAGAAGCACUGAUCUACUGACCUCUUAUGACAGAGCUAAGAAAGAAUGGCAGCUUGGCAAGACCAAGGUCUUCCUGAAGGAGCAGUUGGAGCAGAGACUGGAGAAGGACAGAGAGGAGGUGCGGCGUAAAGCAGGCAUGGUCAUCAGAGCCCACAUCCUCACAUACACGGCAAGAAAAUACUACAAGAAAGCCAAGGCGAGCAUUGUCGUCAUCCAAAAGACCUACCGCGCUCAUUUAUACAGACGCCGGUUUCUACGGAAACGCUCCGCCGCCCUCGUCCUCCAGAAACACAGGCGUGGCCAGCUGGCCAGGGGACUGUGUCGUAAGCUCCGCGAGGAGAAAAGGAAGAGAGAAGAAGAAGAGAGGAAGAAGAGAGAGGAAGAAGAGGAGAGGAGGCGGAAAGAGGAGGGGCUAACACAGGAAGGAGACGCAGCCAAACAGGAACAGGAAGAGAAAGGGGCGGGAGAGGAGGAUCAAACGCCGCGUUCUGCGGAGGAGGAGAGCCGUCAGAUGGAGGAGAUCUUGCGUCUGGAGAGGGAGAUCGAGCGGCUGCAGCGGAAACGCGAGGAUGGCGUGUCCAUGCUUUGCGAGAGCUCCAGGCAGGAGCUGCGCUUGCGUCGCGAUGCCGAGGUCUUACGGCUGAAGAAGGAGGCGUCACGCGCCGCUACCGAGCUCCUCGACAUGCUCGACUUCAAAGGCAUCGACCCCACGCAGCCGGCUCCCUCGGGGACCGCCGGCGUCGGCGACACGACCGGCGCCGCCGAAGCCGCGGCGAGCGCUGAGGAGGAGGUGGACGAGGGGUUCCAUGCCGAGGAGGAGUGCAUCCCGCUCCCGGACAUCCCCCCCCCGACGGAGGGUACGCUCGACCAGGACAUCUUCGCCAACCUGCCCCCUCCGCCGCCGGCCUUCGCCGAGGGAACGGUCGCGUCGUCGUCGACGACAGCGGCCGCCGUGCCCGCACCUCCCGCUCCACCUCCUCCUCCUCCCCCACCUCCUCCCCCGCCUCCACCCCUUCCUGGGGAGAGCCUGGCGGUUAAGAGGGAGGCGCCGGGAGAAGCGGCGGCGGCAGCAGACAGGAGCAGCAAUCUGACAGCUGCGGAGUCUCUGCCUGACACAGAGGAGCCCAUCUACAGCAUGCCGGCGGAUACGGAGUCAGACUACGACCAGGAUGAGCUGGAGGAGGGCCAGGCUAACUCCACCAUGACUGAUGAGGAGCACCUGCGCAAGUCCACCUGCACCAACGCCAGCCUGGACUCUUACAGGGGAAGCUCUGACUCGUAUGUGGAGAGUGAUGAUGAACAUGAUGGGUGUGUGGACACAGAUGAGGAGGUGUCCAGUGGCAAAGUCAACCUGCUCAACGGCAACGGACCCCCGUACUUCCACAGUUACCUCUAUAUGAAGGCGGGGCUAAUGAUUCCCUGGAGGCGGCGUUGGUGUGUGUUGAAGGAUGAGACCUUCAUGUGGUUCCGCUCUAAGCAGGAGUCUCUGAAGUCAGGCUGGCUGUAUAAGAAAGGCGGAGGGCUGUCUACUCUCUCGCGACGCAACUGGAAGAUGCGCUGGUUUGUGCUGCGUGACUCCAAACUCAUGUACUUUGAGAAUGACAGUGAGGAGAAACUGAAAGGCACAAUCGACAUCCGCUCAGCCAAAGAGAUCGUGGAUAACCACGAGAAGGAAAAUGCGCUGAACAUUGUAACAGAGGAGAGGACUUACCAAGUGUUCGCCGAGUCACCUGAAGAUGCCAGUGGUUGGUUUAACGUAUUGAGUCGGGUUCAUAUUGCGACUCCAGAACAGCUGUUGGAGAUGUCUCAUGAGCAGGCCAACCCAAAGAACGCUGUGGGCACACUGGACGUGGGGCUCAUCGACUCCGUCUGUGCUUCAGAUAAUCCCGAUAGGCCCAACUCGUUCGUGAUCAUCACGGCCAACCGCGUCAUCCACUGUAACGCAGACCUGCCUGAGGAGAUGCACCACUGGAUCAGCCUACUGCAGAAGCCCAAGGGAGACUCCAAGAUUGACGGCCAGGAGUUCUUGGUCCGAGGCUGGCUGCACAAAGAGAUGAAGACGGGGGCGAAGAGCACCUCUCUGAAGCUGAAGAAACGCUGGUUCGUCCUCACCAGUAACUCCCUGGAUUACUACAAGUCGUCCGAACGAAGCGCCUCCAAGAUGGGCACGCUGGUGCUCAACAGCCUCUGCUCUGUGGUGCAGCCAGAGGAGAAAGUGUUUAAAGAAACUGGCUACUGGAACAUCAUUGUUCAUGGGCGCAAACACUCCUACCGUCUUUACACCAAGAUGCUCAACGAAGCCAUGCGCUGGGCCUCCGCUAUCCAGGGUGUGAUUGACAACAAGGUUCCCAUAGAAACGCCCACUCAGCAGCUCAUCAGAGACAUCAAGGAGAACAGUGUGAACUCUGAAGCAGUGGAGCAGAUGUAUCGGAGGAACCCCAUCCUCAGAUAUACCCAGCAUCCCCUUCACUCCCCUCUCCUGCCGCUGCCUUACGGAGAGGUGAACGAUGCCAUGCAAAAGGAGAAGGGCUAUGGCAGUCUGCAGGACGAGGCGGUGAAGAUGUUCAACUCCCUGCAGGAGAUGGAGACGGUGUCCGACCCCGUGCCGAUCAUCCAGGGCAUCCUGCAGACGUGUCAGGACCUGCGUCUGCUGCGCGACGAGGUUUACUGUCAGGUCAUCAAACAGACCAAUCACGUGCCACACCCCAACAGCCCGGCCAAUCGCGCACACUGGCACCUCCUCACCUGCAUGAGCUGUACCUUCCUGCCCAGCAGGGCUAUCCUCCGCUACCUCCGCUUCCACCUUAAGAGAAUCAAAGAACGUUUCCCUGGGACGGAGAUUGAAAAAUACGCCACCUUCAUCGGCGAGUCCCUGAAAAAGACCAAGGCCAGGGAGUAUGUGCCAUCUCAGGAGGAGAUUGCUGCCCUGCAGACCAGACAGGAGAUGACCACCACUGUGUACUGUCACGGAGGAGGCUCCUGCAAAAUCUCCAUUAACUCCCACACCACUGCAGGGGAGGUUGUGGAGAAGCUGAUUCGAGGCCUUGCCAUGGAGGAGAGCAGGAACAUGUUCUCCCUGUUUGAACACAACAGGAUCAUGGACAGGGCUGUGGAGAGUCGUGUCAUUAUAGCUGACGUACUGGCCAAAUUCGAAAGGCUGGCAGGCAGUGAGGAAGAGGAGGAGGAAGGGCCGUGGCGCCUCUAUUUCAAACUCUACUGCUUCCUGGAUGUGGAGAGCAUGCCCAAAGAAGGAGUGGAGUUUGCCUUUAUGUUUGAACAGGCCCAUGAGAGCCUUAUCAGUGGUCAUUUCCCCGCCCCUGAGGAAACCCUUCAUCACUUGGCCGCUCUGCGUCUCCAGUAUCUCCAUGGCGACGUGGGCCCCGUCAGCUGGGACCUGGCCGGCGUUUAUCCCGUCGGCCGUCUGCGGACGCGCAUCCUGCAGUCCACGAAAGUCGGGGGCGCGACCGGAGGCCCUUCGGGAGGGGUCGGAGGUCCGGGGGGCCACACCCUGGAGCGACGCAGGACCAGCUUCCUGGACGGGACCCUGCGGAGGAGCUUCAAGACGGGCUCGCUGAAGAAGCAGCGGGUGGAGGAGGAGCAGAUGCUGGAGAUGUUUGUGAAGGAGGAGAUGUCGGCCACGCGCGCCAGCGUCCUGGAGAAAUGGAGCCGUCUGCAGGGAGUGCCCCAGCACCAGGCCAUGCUCAAAUACAUGACCAUUGUCAAAGAGUGGCCCGGAUACGGUUCGACGCUCUUCGACGUGGAGUGUAAAGAAGGAGGGUUCCCACACGACCUGUGGCUAGGUGUGAGCGCUGAGAACGUGUCUGUGUAUAAGAGAGGGGAGCCUAAGCCGCUGGAGACCUUCCAGUACGAGCACAUCGUGUUUUUCGGCGCCCCUCAGCCCAGCACCUAUAAAAUCACCGUGGACGAGAGGGAGAUGUACUUCGAAACCCCGCUGGUGGGGGAGAUCACUAAGAUCAUGAAAGCUUACAUCAACAUGAUCGUGAAAAAACGCUGCAGCGUCAUGUCUGUUUCCAGCUGCGGCAGCGCCUGGAUCAGGUGAUCGACUCCAACCAGUCA